CCUCUGUUCAAUGACAGUUAUCUAGCUCACGGAGACUGCAUCCAUGACUUUACUUGAAGGCUAGGAGCUGGCCUAGGCACAUUUGGUACGCUUCGGGAUCGGGAUUGCACGCUUCUCAGCGGGCAAAAAGGGCAAGCGCUACAGAUUACCACGACAACGGGGUGCCCGGCGUCGCCAUCGAACACAGCGUUGCCGUCGUCGUGCUACCAUUUGUUCCCCAUCAGUGCGUGGAAUGCGUGGAAAGUGCCCGGUCAAUAAUCUUUAAUGGACCGGUAAACCGAACCCCGCGUUAUCACUCCUUCUGGGUGUUCCCGCGCAACGGUCAACGGCGUCCAUCCCUCUUCUCCCUUUCUCCCUCGGUGCAGGCGUCGCCCUUUCUCCCCGCAGCAAGUCUGCAUUCCGUUCCUUUCUUUCACGGCGUCGUCUCCUCUAUCUGCUGGCUCGGUUGAUCUUGAAAUGCUUCUUGCGUACCCCUGAGCUCUCUAACACACAUCCGGUUAAAUGGGCGAAAUCUGUCUCUCUGUUGCUCCUAUCCUACGCUGCCAAUCUCUCACCAGGCUCGAAGCUGGCAUUCUCCUGCUCCCCCCAGGCCUCGAAAUCGUCUUUGCUUGCGUGUUAUUAUGGAUCAAGCGCGGCUCCGCUGAUAAGAAGCAUGUAUUUCUCGCCCUGGAGAUGUACAUAUACUUCUUUCUAUCGCUGCUCGACCUCUUCACGCACACCCUCCCCACCCUCGGAUCGUCUCUGGACGCUUUCCGGACCCUCGACAUCUUCAUCGGCGUAACCUCACUCUUCCCUCUCUUCCUGUACACCUUGUCUCUGUACCUGCUCACAAGUACCGAGCUCGUGCCGUCUCUCCCCGUCAGAUUCCAGUCUAUCGCCAAAUAUGUCCUCCUGGCAUUCAUUCCUUGCAUCCUCGUUUUAAACGAAGUCGGGUCAUUCAUCGGCAUCAGCUAUCGCAGCUUUGGUGGCCAGGGCGGAGCGCCCGUCACUCUCGGUGUGGGAUUCACCAACACCACCGCGCAGACAAUCCUAAGCAGCAUGACGCUCGUCCUGCUUACUGCCUUCCAAGCGCUGAACUUCUGCGUCGCGUUUUUCCGACUCGUCAAGGCGCUCUCCCACCAGCGGACGCUUGACAGCACCGACAAGGAGAAGAAGGAGCUGGAGGCGCAUCUCUUCCGCGGGCUUGGCUGGAUAGUCGCGGGAAUGAAGCUUGGUGCGAUUGAGACCGUCAUCGGUUUCGCGAACAUCGGUGGCGCGAACGACGGUUUCGGCGUCGCCUUCACUCGGAGACUCCUGAGGUUUCUUGCGCAUGCGUGCUUGGUUAUUGGCAUUGUCAAGGGUGUCGACACGGUUGAGGACUUCCAACUGUACAGUCCCGGCCAGGCGCAGAAGAAGCGCAAGUCUGUCCUCCGCGCGAUGAUCCAGAACCCUCGCUUCAGCACAUUCCGUCACGUCGGUGGUCACGACUUCGACGCGGAGAACGCGAUCGCUCCGAAGCGCGACUCCGUUAUCAAGCUCGGCGACCCGUCAUGGAUGCGUCGCGACUUCAAGCGUCCGGGCAUGGACGACAUCCAAGAGGAGGAGCGCGUGACGCCCGGUGUGCUCUCUGCACGCAAGUCGUCGAGCCUCACGUUUAAGCUCACCGGCCGGACGUUCUCAAUCCGCACGAGCAGCCGCAAGAGCAAAGGCUCGAGCGUGCGCGACUCCACGUCCUCCUUCGGGUCGUCCAAACGCCACUCGUGGCCGCCCGUAGCGGACGCGAUCGCCGAGGAGGACUACGCGUACGAGGCGGAGGACGUCGUUGCGGAGCAGUUUGAGCGCGUCCCGCGCCCCGCCCCGGCAUUCCCUCGCAACGUCCGUGAGCGCGUCACGGUGUACAUGCGUCCGGAUCGUCUGCCUGUGCUGCAGCUGCGCCGUCUCUCGAACCUCGAAUUCCUCGACCUCGUCACCGACCCCUUCCGCGACCCGCACGGGCGGGCGCGCUCGCUCCCGGGUAACUUCGACGACAUCGACCCGCAUGCUCAGCCACUCAGCCACGUCUCCGCCUCGUUCACCCGCCUUCCUGCGUAUGCUGGAGCGCCUGUCCCUGCGGUCCCGCCUAUGCCGGUCCGCGCGGCGUCAGUGCGCGAGUCCGUUGCCAGUCGCCACACUCGUUCGAUGAGCGCGACCACGAACGACAGACCCGCGAGCGUGAUCAGCCAGGCGACCGCACGGCCUCCUAGCGUUGUCGCUACGCCGAACCCUCGCGACAGUGGCGCCAGCUUCCAACGCUCAGCCCGUGACAGCGGCAUCAGCUUCCAGCCGUCCGUACACGAUAGUGUAGCCAGCCCCGCCCCCCGCCGCUUCAGCAUCGACAGCUACAACCCCCGCCAUACCAUGACGAGCUACAACCCACGCGACUCCAGGCUGAGCUACGUUCCGCGCGAUGCGACAAGCCCGUACGGGUCCAUUAUGUCCUUCAAACCGCGCGAGGCCACUAGCCCAUACGGAUCUAUCAUGUCCUACAAGCCACGCGACACGAUGAUGGGCUACAACCCCCGCGACAGCACGCUCACCUACAGCCGACCGCCGAGCACGAUGAGCUUCAACGCGAUCGGCACCCCCAACACCGCCGCGUCCUUCGAGCUCCCGGCCUCCGCGGCGUCCCCGCACUUCGGGAACCUCGACCGCCGCGACCGCGGGAUGUCGUCGAGCACGACCGCGUCGGACGUGCACGCUCUCGCGUCGCAGUUCCCUGUCAUCCCUCCGCGGUCUAUCGGGGCACCGCGCCCGCGCAGUAUGCUCUCGCACGAGGUCUCGCGUACCGAGUUUGUCGUGGAGGAGGACGUGCCGAUGCCCGCGAACGCUGCGUCUGUCGCGCGCACCCCGUCUGCGCGGCGCACGCCUUCCUCGGUCCCGGAGGAGGUAGAGGCGCCGUCGGAACCCAGCACGCCCCGGCCUCAAUACCAAGACCUGCUGGAGAAGUCGCAGGUCGAGCAUGUCCUCAGCGAGCAGGACCCGACGAAGUCCCUCCCGACGCCUCUCUCGGCACCACUCUCGUCGGCACAGUGGCCGAAGAAACGCGCGCGCACGCUCUCUGGCAAGCGCCGCGCACCACCUCCACCCCUGGAGCUUGCGGCUGCGAGUGUUGCGGACGUGCAGGCGACGCAGGCGGAGGAGUACUCGCUCUCGGCGUCGAUGGCGCAGGGCGGUCAGCUCAUGCGCGUGAAAAGCGUCGGGAGCGCACCGGAGCGGUCGGUGUCGGCCUCGCGACGCACUGCGUUUGCGCGGGACAGUGUCCAGGCCGAGCUUGGGCACAUCAUGGCCAAGGGCCGGAGUAUCGCAGGCCCCGUGGACGGUCCGAAACGGGCGAUGGCGCGGGCGCAGGCGGCGGAGCGUUCGGUGGAAGAGGAGGCGGUCAACAUGGUGUAGCUGAGCGUGUUCGACGAGUGAACGGAUUCUUGGAGUCUUAAUGUACGUCGGGGUUGCCGGCUGUGCGCUCGUAUGACACUGGCAUUGACGUUGUUGCUGUCCUGGCCUGGACGUGGAUCAUUCCUGGUACAUGGUAGUGUAGUGUAUGGUGUAUCAACAGUCCCAUGUAUCAACCGCUUCGUCGGCUGUCUUGUCUCUGAGGUUGAAGUAGUGGUGAGUGUUCCCCGUCAUGAUCGCGUCAGUUACUGAGUAGUGCUGUACCUUCGUCGGGAACGAGUUAUUUAUUGUUAUCAUAUUCAUGUUGUUGCACGUACCGUCGACACCCUGCGACGUUGG